AAAAGUACGGAUAGUCGCGCGAGGUUCCGAAGUAGUAGUGUAAUUUGAUAUUGCAGAUCCGUCCAACACACCGCUGCUGUCCAAGUCGCCGCCCGUCAUCCGAUGGUUCUGCCGCCGUCCGGUGGAAGUCACAUUUUCACCGUUCAAUGAGUGUUGGCGGCUGCUGGUUAGUCCCCCGCAAUGUUCCAAAUCGUGAAAGGAUGUGUAUGGUUUUAGUGCUUUUUGUUACUAAGGGGUAAUUUCUCAAACAUAUUGGAAGGGAAAUACAAUUCGCAUAUCGUUGUGCUCUUCGUCAUACACCGGUGUGAAGAAGAAAACUUGGCGCAUAAAUUAGAGGGUGAAUGUUGAAUUUUCCAUUCAACGACAAUUCUUGGAGGUACGGAGGAAGGGAAUGGUGGACUAUGGAGGGAAGCAGUGAUUUGGAAAUUCUUGGAAUAAUUAAACGAGUCAACCCGGGAACUCGGUGGACUGAAACGAAGAGAGGAAGGCCCCCUUGGGGGGACAACUACGCCUGGAGAGGAAAACAACAAUUCAACUACCCAGUUGACCCAACAUAAUAUCUAAUCAUUGAGACACGGUUUGACGCGAGGGUGUAGGAAAAGGUCAUCUUCUCCAUUUAAAACAAUUUCCCAAUUGUGAUUUCUUGUUCUCAUUCCAUUCCAUUCUUACUUUUAUGGCAAUUAUGAUUUAAUGUCGCAACAUUCUUCUCUAAUCAUCAUAGCUUUGGCUAUCUUCUCUAAGAAGUUGCAGACUUUUCCAGGUGAAACCGCUUUCUUCGUUACCUUGUCAGGAACCCUUCUUGUAGCCAUAUUUCAAAAUUGUUUUCUCACGUUUUGUGUAUUCUAGAAUAAUCGCCCUGAUAUUCUUCAUUGGAGGAGAUUUAGAAAUCGGGAAGUAGGUUCUGUCAUUGGAUAUUUGGAAAUGGGUUGGCUUUGACAGGGGAUGACAAACUUCUAUUUCAUCAUCUACUUUUUGAUUCUAACAUCUCGAAGUUCACGAAAUUUGGUUAAUUUCUUAAUCAUUAGCCCCAAAACAGGUUAUCUGGUUUGAACUUUGAAGCUAGGUCUUCCUUUUCCUUCUGAAUAGCCUCUCAUGAUUCAUGAUCUUAGGUUGGUGAAUCUUGGGUCAGUGGAAUUCUAGCAGUUGCAACCAACUGUUUUGGAUGUCUGGAGAUUUCAUUCUUAAUUGUUAUUUGUUUGGUUAAAACAAAAAAUUAAAAAUUAAAAAUGGGUGCAUGGAUAGGUCUCUUUUCCAUCCAUACUUUGGGUAGUCUUGUCUAAAUACAUUUGAAAGAGAUCAUCAUCUCUGGAGCUUCUUCAAAGCUGUUAGUUUCUUAAAAUUGAUUUCUCAGUUUCGAGUUCAAACAUUUGAAUGCCAUGAAGCUUUUAAGUGCUGUGGUAAACUCCUUUGGAUGUUCUGCAUCUGGGGAACGUUUAGUUUCAGCUGCAAGAGAUGGAGAUUUUCAAGAAGCACAAGCUUUGUUGGAAUAUAAUCCACGGUUGGCACGCUACUCUACUUUUGGUGUGCGCAAUUCCCCACUCCACUACUCAGCAGCUCAUGGCCAUCAUGAGAUAGUCUAUCUUUUGCUUCAGUCUGGAGUUGACAUUAAUAUAAGAAACUAUAGGGGUCAGACUGCUCUGAUGCAAGCUUGUCAACAUGGUCACUGGGAGGUUGUUUUGAUUUUAGUACUUUUUGGAGCCAACGUCCAUAAAGCAGAUUAUUUGAAUGGAGGGACUGCGCUACAUCUUGCUGCUACAAAUGGUCAUUCCCGGUGCAUCAGGCUUCUUCUUGCUGAUUAUAUUCCAAGCAUGCCUAAUUUUAGGGAAAUAAUGAGUCAAUUAACAGACAAUGAAGAAUCAAUCUUAGAGUUUGAUCAUAGGGCAUUGUCAAAGAUUAUUAACCAAACGGCAGAUGGAGGCAUUACCGCUCUACACAUGGCCGCCCUUAAUGGGCAAGUUGAAAGCGUGCAGUUACUUCUGGAAUUUGGGGCAUCAGUUUCUGAGGUGACUUUAGGCGAUGGAACCAUAAUUGAUCUAAUAGGUGCUGGGAGCACAGCUCUUCAUUAUGCUGCAUGCGGUGGUAAUGCAAAAUGUUGUCAACUUUUGAUUGCCAGGGGUGCCAGUCUGACCGCAAGAAAUGAAAAUGGUUGGACACCUUUAAUGGUCGCUCGCACAUGGAAUAAAAGUUGGCUUGAGGACAUUCUCACCGCAGAGCCUGUAGACCUGCCAAGACUUAUUCCCUCUCGUUACAUAUCUCUGCCGCUUAUGAGUAUUGUUCAAAUUGCUAGAGAAUAUGGAUGGACUAGUAAGUCUGCCCCCGGAUGCCAGGAUCCAUGCGUUGUCUGUUUAGAGAGGAAGUGUACGGUAGCUGCUGAAGGUUGUGGUCAUGAAUUCUGUACAAGAUGUGCUUUAUACUUCUGUUCUACAAACUACGGGACAACCAUUUCUCGUGGCCCUCCAGGAUCAGUUUCUUGUCCACUCUGUCGCAAUGGCAUAGUGUCAUUCGUUAAGCUUCCUGGAAAAGCACCUGUUAAGAAGAUUGCAAGAACAAGUUUGUCACUUUCAAUGUGCCAAUGUUCUCACGAGACACCAUCAAAACCUACCCCCUUAACCACCCAGCUACGGUCGCUCGAGUUGUGUCGUGUCCACUAUACUCCUCUGGGAGUUUCCGUUUGCUGUCAGAGACUUCCAUCAAUCAAUCUCUGUUGGAAAACACCGGAUGUAUGCCACUCUUUGGUUCCACGCUGUGCCAACCGGAACUUGCAGAACCACUUGGCCAGAUGUUGAAGGCCAGGGCUCCAACAGUCAACUUAUCACAGGUCAUUCUCUUCUAUAGCUAAUUAAUAUGUAAUCCAAGAGUGGAUGCUGAUAUUUUAUGUGAUUUCAUUAUUUCUUUAUUAUUGAAUCCUUCAUUGUUAAUAGUUUGAUCUUGACCUUCAUUGACUGAAUGUGGGUCAGGCAUUGUGGUGUUAUAUAGAAGCAAUGUACAUAUAAGAACAUUUAGUGGAUUCCAGACCAUGUCAUUUAGAUCUUUCUGUUCAGAAGCUUGGUGUAUAACUUUUCUUCUUUCUGAAAGAUUUGAAAUGAGAUGCAAGAUUUUCAAGAUUGAUGUUGGAAGUUUUAUGAAAUAUGGUUUGAUGUUCAAUGA